CAAAGGUGUCACUAGUUCACUGAGCCUACAUUACAUGUGUGACGAUGUGAUGAAGGCGAUAAAACAAUCAUAGCUCAUAGCUUGACGUUGUCUCUCAUCGCUGUGACUUCUCCUCAGCCUUAAUCAUGUCCAUCUGACUUAGCGUACCUUUUGGCGGCGAGUUUCCCUUCGUUUCAGUUACAGUGAACCGGUUGACAUUUUAAAAGGCAGCCCGAGUUUCAUUCACGUGUGCGGAAUGAGAUGAGGCUUAACUAUGGGACGCUACUGAUAUUUUUCUGCAUGGGAUGUAUGUUUGUGAUCUGGCAGUCUUCGUACAGAGCAGACUACGGCGGGCGACAGGUGGACUAUUCAGGGCUGUUUGAGCGACUGCUGCAAGCGGAGAAGAGAGCGGGGGAGCUGACCGUUCAGCUCGGCCAGGUGGUGAAGCACCUCCAUAAUGUCACCAACACGGUCACCAACAUCACGACGUCUUCCAGCAAGACUGAAGGUGAGACGAUAAGAGAGGGAGGGAACGCCUCCAGCAGCCGGGUGGGACAGCCCAGCGCUCUCUUCUACCUGCCUCACCUGCGGGAACAUGAAGACAGCCUCGUGGCCAACGUACACCUGGGGAAGGGCCGCUCCGGAGUGUCUCUGGUGUUGGGUAUUCCCACCGUGCGGCGUCAGAAGCAGAGCUACAUGGUCAACACGGUGGCGUCGCUCCUCUACGACCUCUCAGCCAGUCAGAAGGAUGACAUGGUCAUUGUCAUCUUUGUCGCCGAGUCAGAUCCUGCUUUUGUUGGGAGUGUGACAGAGGAUAUUCAAAAGAAUUUUCCGGAGGAUGUCAGAAGUGGCCUGUUGGAGGUGAUCUCCCCCUCAGCCAGUUUCUACCCAGACUUCAGCAAACUCAAGAGCACCUUUGGAGACUCACCAGACAGGGUCAAAUGGAGAACGAAGCAGAACUUGGAUUUCAGCUUCUUGAUGAUGUACUGCCAGCCAAAGGGGACGUUUUACGUGCAGCUGGAGGAUGACAUUGUGGCAAAGGUGGGCUACACAGACGCCAUGAAGAAGUUUGCCAACGGCCUGUCCUCAGAGGACUGGCUCUACCUGGAGUUCUCCCAGCUGGGCUUCAUCGGAAAGCUAUUCAGGUCCUCCGAUCUGCCAAUGAUAGUGGAGUUCUUCCUGAUGUUCCACAAAGACAAGCCAAUAGACUGGCUGCUGGACCACAUCCUCUGGGUCAAAGUCUGCAACCCAGAGAGGGAUGCAAAACACUGCAGUGGUGAGAAGAACCGGAUGAAGAGGAGGCACAAGCCCUCGCUGUUUCAACAUGUCGGCCUGCACUCCUCUCUGUCUGGCAAGAUUCAGAAACUCAAGGAUAAGGACUUUGGGAAGCAGCCCUUGUUCACGCCCCAUGAGAACCCUCCUGCGGAGGUGGUGAGCAGCCUGAAGCACUACCAGGGCCACUCUCUGCAGAGGGCCUACCAGGGCCUGGACUUCUUCUGGGGUCUCACACCCACCACUGGGGACUACAUGCUCAUACGCUUCCAGAAGCCACACACAGUGCAGCGAUAUCUGUUCCGGAGUGGGAACAUCGAGACGAAUGGAGACAGGUUCUACAACACCACCGUGGAGGUGGAGCCUAAGGACAAGUCUGUGGUUGACCGGGUCCAGAAAGGAGAACUGCCUCAGUACCAGACAUCCACAGAUGGUUUUAUUGUUGUGGGGUCCUUUGUGAAUGGCGUGGCUGAGGGGACUGUGGACACUGCCGUGCAGGAGGUGACUGCCAUGCGCUUGGUAGUCCACACAGACUCUGAUGUAUGGGUCCUUCUGAGUGAGAUGUCCAUUAAAGUUUAACGGUGGACAGAGCAACAGAACGACAAGAAACCAGAGAAGGAUCACUGUGACAGUGGCAACUAUCAUGAAACAAUCACAGUGCGACAUCUUGUGGACGGUCAAAGAAUGGCAAAGCACAUUGACACUUUUCACAAUGAAGUGCCACCUCAGGGUUAUAUUAUUCUUUAACUUAAAAAAAACAUUUUCUACUCUUUUUUUUUUUUUUUGCA